GAGUUUGACCGGAGUCACUUCUGCUCUACAUCUUCAUCUGACAAAGAAACUUUGAGAAAGGCUGGUUUCAAGCCAAGAAUGGAGAAAAUCAAUACAACAGAUUUAUAUGAUGGAAAUGACUCCUUUUAUGACAUCAACUAUGACGACAUGUACAAUGACUAUUCUGCUAAGUUGAGAAAGUCUCUCAACAUCAUGUCUGUCGUUGUUUACUGCCUGGCCUUCGUUCUUGGUGUGCUCGGGAAUGGAGUGGUUAUCUGGGUGACCGGGUUCAAGAUGAAGAAAACAGUUAACACAGUUUGGUUCCUCAACCUUGCUGUGGCCGACUUCCUCUUCACAGCAUUCCUCCCCCUGAGAGUGACAUACACAGCCAUGGAUUUCCACUGGCCUUUCGGCAACUUCAUAUGUAGAGUUAAUUCCACCUUAACCUUUCUGAAAAUGUUUGCCAGUGUCUACAUCCUGAUGGUGAUCAGUGUGGACAGAUGUGUGUCUGUGGUGUGGCCUGUCUGGGCCCAGAACCACAGAAAUAUACGCAAGGCGUCUUAUGUGAGUCUAGGUGUUUGGUUACUGGCUCUGAUUCUCAGUGCUCCAUACUUUGUCUUCAGGGAUACUUUUACGUAUAGUGAUAACACCACCCUCUGCUUCAACAACUUUGUUCUUUCUGAUGAUUCUGAAACAGAACAGUUUCGUUAUCAGGCCAUGGCCAUCACCAACUUCCUCCUGGGAUUUGUUGUUCCCUUCACUGUCAUUGUCUCCUGUUACACUGUGAUAAUCCUUCGUCUCAGGAGGAACCGCACCCUGGCCAGCAAGUCGAGUCGCCCCUUUAAGAUCAUCGCUGCUGUUAUCACCACUUUUUUCCUGUGCUGGACUCCUUUUCACAUCAUGCGUCUAUUAGAGUUGCAUCAUCACACGCGUUCUAAAACAUCCGGCUAUGUCCUCUCUAUUGGUCUGCCUAUAACCACCAGCUUGGCCUUUCUCAACAGUUGUCUGAACCCACUGCUGUAUGUGUUCAUGGGCCAAGAUUUUAAGGACUUAGUUCGCAAAUCCAUCCUGAAAAUAUUGGAGACUGCCUUCCAGGAAGAGGUUUCUCACUCAUAUACUCACACAAACUUAACGGUCACCAGUCGGAGUAAAGACAUGUCAGUUUCUGAUGUUCAGGUAUAAGGUUGUUCACGACAUGAAUAAACAAAUACUGUAACUGUAUACAGGAAAUAAUUUUCAUACAAAUGUAGCAUUUUUUAACAGCUUUCCCAUUAUGUCCUGUUCUUCUGAUGAGUUCCA